CUGGCUCACACUCACACACACACUCACACUCACACACCAUGGAAGCCAGAAAGGACAUGGUCAUGUUCCUGGAGGGAGGACAACUUGGCACUCUAGUUGGCAAGAGAAUGUCUCAUUUGUCGGACACAGUGGGAAGCCCCAUUCAGGAGCCGCAGGAGAAAAUGAUUCCUAGGAGCUGCUUGAGCCCUAGAUCUGGCCCCUUGGCAUCCAGGGAGAGGGCAGAGGAGGAGGUGGAGGUUGUAUCAGGGACCGAUCCGGACAGCAGGGCAUCAGCAGCGCUUCUACACCCCUCACCCCAUCCGGAUCCUCUAUCAGCCAAGGGGCAUCACAGCAGCUCGGACACCGAGUCCGAUUUUUACGAGGAGAUUGAAGUCAGCUGCACCCCGGACUGCACCACAUCCAGCCCAGACUACCAGCACAGCAGAGGUCAGUGCUCUGAGGCCAUGGGUGGCAGUCCUGUGAAUGGAAGUGAUUCAUCAAAGGCAAGUGGUGGAUCUCAGAACUCCCUGUCCUGUUCUGGGGACCAGAUGCGCAGAUACAGAACAGCAUUUACCAGGGAGCAAAUAGCACGUCUGGAGAAAGAGUUCUACAGGGAGAACUAUGUGUCCAGGCCUAGGAGAUGUGAACUGGCAGCAGCCCUUAACCUGCCAGAGACCACUAUCAAGGUUUGGUUUCAGAACAGAAGGAUGAAGGACAAACGUCAGCGUCUGGCAAUGACCUGGCCACAUCCUGCAGAUCCAGCAUUUUAUACUUACAUGAUGAGCCAUGCAGCAGCCACUGGCAACCUACCUUAUCCUUUUCCAUCUCACCUACCUCUUCCUUACUACUCUCACAUGGGUAUUGGUACCACUACAGCCUCAGCUGCCGCCCCCUUUAGCUCCCCACUGAGACCACUAGACACCUUCAGAGUCCUCUCUCAUCCUUAUCCAAGGCCAGAACUGUUAUGUGCCUUUCGGCAUCCUUCUAUUUAUGCCACCCCUGCACAUGGACUUACUGCUGGUGGCACCCCCUGCUCCUGCUUGGCAUGCCACUCCACUUCUUCUAAUGGGCUGGCACAAAGGUCUGCAGCAUCUGACUUUAACUGCUCAUCCUCUUCCAGAUCAGACUCCUUCCUCACUUUCACCCCCUCAGUCCUGAGCAAAUCCACUGUUCCUUUAGACCAGAGAGAGGAAGUGCCACUGACCAGAUAAAACCGAAACAUUCUCCUGCACCCACUUUUUUCCUCAGUGACUUGGCCAUGGGGCCAUGUCUAUGUCUUAAAAUGCUUCUAUUGAGGAGGUGACAUUACAGAACUUCAGGGCAUCACGUUUCUUCUCCAAAUGAAUAAAGAAACCUAUUAUCUAAAAAGAAGAGAAAAGACUAUACUUUUACACGAUGACCAUUUUUUUUUUUAGACAUUGUCACAAUCUUGUUAUGAAAGUGUAAUAUGUGACAACAUGGAGGACUUGUGUAGAUUAGGAUUACCAGUCUGGAAUACUUGAAUGCUAUGAUAACACAGAACAAAAAAGGUCAUUUUGAUAUCAUUUUCAUUCCAAAUGUUUGCUGUGAAAGGGUUAUUUUUCUUUUUUUUCUUUUUCUUCCCCAGCAGUCCACAGUAUUAAAGCAAUCAGCUUCUGCAGUGUAUUCGGGGCCACAGUUAUUGUGGAGGAAAUGUCACAGUCUAUAUAUUUCCUUAUCCACUUAUUUUAUUUGAUAUAUAUAUAUAUUUUUUUGUAUUUUUGUUAGGACCAGACACUGGGCUUUGGAUAUGUCUGGGUUGGGAUGCCAAUGGUUUAUCCUCAGCUGCUGAAAAGUGCACACACUGAUUAAAUUAUCAAGUGAUGUAUAUGGAAGGGGGAUUUUUUUUCUGAAUGUAUAAUAAUUUCCUCAAUGUGCAAACCUUCUGCCAGAUCUUAACAAGCCGCAUAGGGAAAGGAUUAGCCAGAUCUCUAUAGACUGCAGGAACCUCUCUGCAAAUGAGUGCACAUGCAGAACACUGAGGACUUCCUAUCUAAUAAGCCCAUGGACAAAGCUUCAUUUUUCAUGGCUUGUGGGUUUUGCUUUAUUUUUUUUAUUUUUAUAUACUUGAUUUUUUCAGGGAUUUUUUUUUUUUUUUUUUAGUUUACAUGUCCUUUGUUUAUCGUUAUUUAUAUUUGCUUUGGUUGCACACGUAGGCUGCAUUGAAAAUGUCUACCUGGUUGUCCAUCUACUGUUCAGGCUUUAUUGGAAAUCUUUUUUUUCAGAACUAGGUUGGAUAUUUCAUUGCAUUUAAUGUCUUUUGUGAAGAUGAUUUUGACGAGUUCAAAAUAA